ACGCCCCCUCUGCUGUGAGGGCGCGAGGAUCCGGGAUCGGUGUAGCUCGCGCUGCGGGUAGGAAGUUGGAGGGAAAUGGACUGAACUCUCCGCCCGUGGAGGAGCGCGCAAGUUGUCACCAGUCCGCGAGAGGAGAAUAGUUGGAAUGAGCCGGCCCAGAGAUGCCUUACGUCGACCGACAGAACCGCAUCUGUGGCUUCCUGGACAUUGAGGAGAUUGAGAACAGCGGCAAGUUCCUGCGCCGCUACUUCAUCCUGGACACAACACAGGGCAGCCUGGUAUGGUUCAUGGACAACCCGCAGAACCUGCCCAAGGGUGCGGAGAUGGUUGGGUCCCUGAAGCUCACAUACAUCUCGAAGGUGAGCGAUGCCACGAAGUUGAGGCCCAAGGCUGAGUUCUGCUUCGUCAUCAAUGCGGGGAUGAGGAAGUUCUUCCUGCAGGCUAAUGACCAACAGGAUUUGGUGGAGUGGGUGAGCGUUCUCAACAACGCCACCAAGAUCACGGUGCCGCGGUCAGGAGAAGUACCCCCGCAGAGCAGCGAAGCGGCCAUGGAGCUCCUGGGCUCCCUGAAACAGGUCUCCUACAAGACCGAGAUCGUAGGGGGUGUCCCCAUCAUCACUGCCACUCAGGAGAAAGGAGAGGGGCAGAAUGGAGCGGAGAGGGGGAUGUUGAGGAAGCCCCUAAACCAGCCCUUCUUCCUGAGUGGCCACGAACAGGACCAGGUUGUCAAGGCGGGCUACUGCGUCAAACAGGGGGCAGUGAUGAAGAACUGGAAGAGGAGGUACUUCAUGCUGGAUGAAAACGCACUGAGCUACUACAAAUCAGACCUGGAAAAGGAGCCUUUACGUGUCAUCCCAUUAAAGGAGAUUCACAAAGCCCAGGAGUGCAAGCAGAGUGAUUUAAUGAUGAGAGACAAUCUGUUUGAACUGGUCACUACCUCACGAACCUUCUUCAUCCAGUCUGACAGUCCGGAGGAGAUGCACAGCUGGAUUAAAGCUAUCUCUGGUGCCAUAGUCGCUCAGAGGGGACCUGGACGCUCCGCCGCUACGAUGCGUCAGACACGUCGUCUCUCCAUACCGUGUGUACAGAGGUACACACUCCGCUCUGAUGAGUAUAGCACAGAGGUGAGGAGCAGCAGCCGGGGGGGUCAGUCUUCUACUGCAGCCUGCAGAGCCCCCCCACCCCGCGCUCACCCCUCUCUGUCCCAGAAUGCACUGCUCCCGGGGAUGGGCCUGGCCUGGGACACCAGCGACUUCCGGGGCCUGUUGCCAGGGGCGCCCAGGAGCAGGCUGUCGCUCCAGGAGACGGGGCGGCUCUUCAAGUGAGGGCCGAGGACGCCGGGGACGGCCGCGCGGAUCUGCUGUCAUGGCAACAUAACGACCCCUCCCCACAGAGCACGGAGGAGGGGUUGUAUGUUACCGAAGUGUGACACACACACACACACACACACUAUAUAAAAUGACACAAAUACAACACACACACACACUUGCAAACAUGACAAACAUUUGACACAUGCACACAAACACAUUUAGGUGUCUUGGACACACACUGUGCAGUCCUAAACAUCCAGUCUCAUGCUGAACUCUCUCUCUCUCCCCCUCUCUCUCUCUCUCUCUCUCACACACACACACACACACACACACACACACACACACACACACACACACACACACACACACACACACACACACACACACACACACACACACACACUGACCAGUAUCCAUUCAGAACUAUAGGGGACUGAGGUCUCUGAACACUGCUCACACACACUAACCUCGUGGAGAAGUGCUUUUAUGAAACGUAAUGCUCCAAGAGUAUGUGAUUUUUUUUUUUACAGUGUGUAUGUUUCUAAUAUUGUCUAUCCACUGCUAUGUUUAUGCUUGGGGUUUAGGUGUCUUAGGGACGGAAAAACAGAUGAGUGAGUGAGUGAGUGUGUGAAAGUGAGUGAGUGAGUGAACUGUUAAACGGUUUGUAGUUUUUUUUUGUGUUCAUCCUCUUCUCCUUCCUUUUGCCUCUUGGGUGUUUAUAUCUUAGUUUGUUGUUGAUUACCUACCCAGAGUAUGUUAGUUUGGAUGAGAUUGUUGAUUACCUAUCCAGAGUAUGUUAGUUUGGAUGAGAUUGUUGAUUACCUAUCCAGAGUAUGUUAGUUUGGAUGAGAUUGUUACCCUUUGCUGAAAGACUGCUGUACAAGUUUGGUUUGAAGAGUGACCUGUAGUCCAGAGAAGGCUGCUAGAGAGGCGUAAAUGCAAAGCGCCCAGCUGGACGUGCUGCAUUGUCCAUACGGUUGGCUGGAUGACCCUCAGAUUACUGUGUUCUCCUCUGGGGGGUGUUGGCCUUCAAUAUGCAUCUUCUCUACUCUCUUGUGGCAUCUUUAAUUAGCACAACUCUUAAGUUAACACAACUCGUUAAUUAACACAACUCGUUAAUUAACGCAACUCUUUAAUUAGCACGACUCUUUCCUUUCUAGCUGCGUUAAGUGCCUGCUGCGUACCUUUGAUAGAGUGUAUACAGUGGUGGAGCAGUGGUAACGUCACCACCUGACCACAGGUCAACCUGGGGCUUGAUUCACAAGACCGUCGGAAGUCCAUAUUAGUGUGGAUGCAAGCGUCUGUUAAAUCCCAGUCAACUUUAACUUUAAAAAACGAUGGAUGUUGGUAUAGUGAACUUGGUGUGAUGUCAUUACAUUUCUGCUUUAUUUAUUCUGUGGAGUUUGAGAAUUAAACUGAUUACAACUGGC